AUAUAAGCGACGAAGCGGUGGGAGUGCAAAUUGACGCACCUGCGAGGGAUGGCGAAGCAAAUGCGGCUCUUCUCGAUUACAUCAGUUCUGAAUAGUUAGGGGUUUGAUCUCCAUAGCACACAUCAUUGGAGAGGAAGGAGGAGUCUUAACUCUUAAGUGUGAUAAAGUCAGAAUAGAAUUAUCUACAAAGAAUAAUUUAUUUCUUUUGUUGAUUUUCGUUUGGUUUAGAGUUUUACCGAAUUAAUUUUGAAUUGUUGAAUGUAAUUGAAAGAUAUGUUUAAAUUAAUUUAAGUCAUAUAUUUGCAUUAGUGCCAGGAUUAAUUUUUCAAAUAAAUAAGACAUUUGUGCUGCGAAAUACAUUGCGUAUAAUUAUCACAUUAUAUUUUUUUUUUCUCAAUUUGCGCGUGUAGCUGUAACGAGUUUGACUGAAAACUUAUAUGCUUAUGGAUGGACACAACUAUAUGAGUAAUUUGUCCAGCGUUUAGUAACAGUGAUAGAUCAAUAAUAUUACGAGAGGGCUUAUAAAAUAAUAAUAAUAAUAAUAAUAAUAAUAAUAAUAAUAAUAACACGAGAGGAGAAUGAUAACAUUAACAGGGAUAGAUGAUUGAAGAAGAGAAAAAGGAUAGAGUAUAUAAAUAGGGAUGGUAUAAGAAAUGAGUGUCUUGUAAAAUUUAUCUGUUUUUAGUGAGAGGUGUUUGUAUUGGAAGACGAGGUUGUGGCAUACGAUUCAUUGACACAAUUCCACCCCUAACCACACACACGAGGCUUGAUCAGUCACUCUCUCUCUCUUCCUCCUUUGCAUUUGGGUUCCAUUUUCUCUCUGAUGUCCUUUUCUCUUUCUAAAUUCUAUGGAAUUCCUCCUAAGAAGCUAAGCUCAGAAGGUCCUGCUCUAAGGUACAAUUUAUUGAUUCUAUUUCUCACCAAAAUAAAAAAAAUGUAUUAAUCCCUUUAUCUAAUUUGCCUUAAUCAACUCAGACCUGCAACAUUUUGGCUUUUCAAUUCGUUAAAUUUUGAUACCCAUCUCAGAUAAACAAUUGCUCAUUAAUAUAGUUUUGAUUCCAAAAGUUUGAAAUCGUAUAUUCACAGCAUAGAUGAGUUUGAUGGAAACAGAAAGCUCAGAAGAGGGUGCAGGCCUUCUAGAGCCUCCUGAUCCUAACGUUCUUGAAAUCGAUCCUACUAAUCGCUACAUGAGGUAUAACGAAGUUAUUGGCCAAGGAGCUUUCAAGACUGUUUACAAGGCGUUUGAUGAAAUCAUUGGACUUGAAGUUGCAUGGAGCCAAGUUCAGAUUGAUGAGGUAUUGCAGACACCAGGUGGCUUAGAGAGGCUUUACUCAGAAGUGCAUCUAUUGAAGUCACUAAAGCACGACAGCAUAGUAACUUUCUACAAUUCCUGGAUUGAUGACAAGCACAGAACUCUUAACUUGAUUACCGAGUUGUUCACCUCAGGGAGCCUCAGAAAGUAUAGUAAGAAACACAAGAAGGUUGACAUAAAGGCCGUUAAAGGAUGGGCAAAGCAGAUUUUAAUGGGUUUAAACUAUCUCCACAGUCACAACCCACCUAUUAUACAUAGGGACCUGAAGUGUGAUAAUAUAUUUAUUAAUGGUCACCGAGGAGAAGUUAAAAUUGGCGAUCUAGGGUUGGCAACUCUGUUGAAGCAGACUACUGCCAAGAGUGUAAUUGGAACCCCGGAGUUCAUGGCACCUGAACUGUAUGAUGAACAUUAUAAUGAAUUAGCCGACAUAUAUUCUUUUGGGAUGUGCAUGCUUGAGUUGGUUACGUCUGAAUAUCCUUACAGUGAAUGUAGAAACUCAGCUCAGAUAUACAAGAAAGUUUCAUCUGGCAUAAAGCCUGCUGCUCUUUCCAAACUCAAGGAUCCAGAAGUAAAAUCAUUUAUUGAGAAAUGUCUUGUCCCAGCAUCUCAAAGAUUGUCAGCAAAGGAGCUUCUGAAGGACAAUUUUCUCCAAGUGAAUGGUUCAUUGAAGAAUCGUCGACUUCCAUUGCCAGAUAUUGUUCUCCCUAAAUAUGGAACCUUCGAAAAUCGUUGUCUUAUGUCAGAAGGCCCAGCUAGUACACGUAUUAGAUCCAUUUCAAUGGAUCUUGGUGAUGCCACUGAGCUUCCAUUGACCACUUUACUUUAUAAUUCUGUUGAUUCUAUUGACAAUGCAUUGCCUUCCCCAUGUGUUGAGAUACGAAGGUUGAAGGAAGGUGACAUAUUUUUUCUAAAAGGUGAACAAAAUGAUGAAAAGUCUGUAUCAUUAGUUCUCCGCAUAGCUGAUCAGAAUGGGCGGGCAAGAAAUAUCCAUUUCAUAUUCUACAUCAACAGUGAUACUGCCAUCUCAGUUUCAAGUGAAAUGGUUGAACAACUUGAACUUGCUGAGCAGAAUGUUAAAUUUAUAGCAGAGUUAAUUGAUUUGCUAUUGACAACUUUGCUUCCUGAUUGGAAACCUUGUGUAGCAAUUGAUCAUUUAGUUUCUUCUAAUGGUAAACUAACUCAUUCAAGUAAACAGAAAGACUCAGAAUUAGCAAAAUACAGGCAAAGCUCAGAAGAUUCUAGCCAAAUUGUGGCUGAAAUUGUAGGUCUCUCAACCUCGCCUGGAAGACCGGCAGAAGUGGAAAACAUUGAUAAUGUGAUUUGCGACAAGUUUGUGUCUCAUGCAAACAUUGGUCUUCGAAGAGAAUUAAAGACAGAUGAUUUGUAUUUUGAGAAACAUAGGUCAUACGCUUCUGCAACAUCUGACUUCAAUGAUAAGCAUUUUUCUACAGUUUCGUUCAUGUCUGCUAAAUCAGGAUUUACAGACUUUGACCUUCCCAAAGUUAAUAGUCAAUGCUCGCUUGCAUCUGAAUUCGGGGCAACAUUUGAUUAUAGCAGUUUUCCUUGUGUGGAAAGCAAUGGUACGAUGAAAUUCUCUAGUCAUCCCAUUAAUGCUUCCUGCUUCUUUCAACCUGGGGAUGAGUUGAGAAUAGAGUUAGAGAGGAUUGAGCAACAAUAUCAGGAUGAAAUGGAAGAUUUAUUGAAAAGAAAAAACCAUGACAUCAUGGAGACUAGAAGGAGGCAUUCUUAAGCAUAAAAUAUUUACUUUUGUCUUUCUAGUAUGUAAUAAUUACUAUUAGUGUCUCAUCCUUUCUCAAUAUCCUUGUAAGUAACAAUUGUAAGUAGUUCGUUCUGGAUGAAAAAGGUUCACUUAUUAGUCAUUGUGGCAAGCAA